AUGCACGCCCACGUCGACGUCAAGGAGAAGCUGCUGCCCAAGAUUGAGCCGAUCUCGCCCCAGCGUCAGCGCCAGCGAGCGGGCGCCCGCUCCUCCAAGCCCGGCGGCUCCGGUGGAAGCUGCAGUGAGGCCGCGCGUCCUGCUGCGCCUUCUGUGGGCUGCGGACGCACGGGGCAGCUGCGGCUGGCGGCGUGGCUGAUCUCCAUCUCCUCCUUCAUGUGGGGCUUCAGCGCCGCCGUGCUCAACGUGUGCAUCGUUCCGGACGCCAUCGGCUCGCUGCUCGUGGACAUCAACCUCACCACCGAGGAGCAGGAGCGCGCCACGGCGCUCGUGGUGGUGGGCUGCGUGCUCUCGGCGCUCACCACGGGCGGCGUGGGCGCGCGCGUGGGCCAGAAGAAGACGAUCCUGGGCAACAACGUGCUGUACAUCAUUGGCGGCGCAGUCUGUGCGCUGGCCACCUCCAAGCGUGAGCUCUACGCUGGCCGGCUGCUCAUCGGGCUGGCGUCGGGAAUCGUCACCAACACGGUUCCCAUCCUCUUGACCGAGAUCUCGCCCGCAGUCUCGCGCGGCGAGAUCACGUCACUCCACCAGCUCAGUCUGACUAUUGGUAUGCUGGUGUCGGCUGUGUUGGGGUUCUUCAUCAUCUCCAACGUGCCGUCAGGAUGGAGAUACCUCAAUGGAUUCAUGAUCCUGCCUCCGUUGGUGCAGUGUCUGAGCAUGUCAUUUGUAUCGGAAAGUCCGUGGUGGCUAAUGAAAAACCGGGGACGAGAGGAGUGCCGUGCAACGCUGAUGUUCCUGCGUCCUGUUAAUCAGAAGGACGCUAUCGAAACAGAAGUGCAGGAAAUCGCCCGCGUGAUGGAGCACCGCCAGCACGAGCCUCACGUGACCUGGCCGCACCUCUUGGCGCACAAGAAAGUAAUGGUGACCGGCACCGUCCUCAUAUUUUUCCAGGCCAUGACAGGGAUCAACACGGUAAUGCUGUACUCGACCAAGAUUUUUCACUUUGCAGGGGUGACGAACCCGUUCUUUGCCACAGCUGUGGUUGGAUUUACGAACGUGGGUGUUACCAUCAUAUCGGUUCGCUUUGUCGACUCAUACGGGCGACGUCCGCUGCUGAUUGUGGGCACGACCGUGAUGAUCGUCGCUUUAGGAGUUCUCAGUUGGUCGCUGCUCUACCUAAGCGACAACCUUGCGGUUCAGGGCACGGUUGCUGUGAUUUCGGUGCUGAUGUUUGUGGGAGGCUUUGCUGUGGGCCUCGGUGCUGUCGUUUGGGUCAUGCUGGGAGAUAUCACUCCAGUGCACAUACGUUCUCGAGCGUUUGCGUUCUACAUGGCUGUCAGCUAUCUCUGCAACAUCGUGAUUGCCGUGUACACGCUGUCUGCCAUCAGUUUUCUAGGACGCGGUUCGAACCCCGAGAAGAAUGGUAUUGCUAAGCUCUACCUGAUAUUGAGCGGUGUUGCUGUGGUGUGCCUUGCGUACGUAUACACGUUCAUCGAGGAGACAUCGCAUAUCAAAACGACCCCCGCCAAGCUAGCUGCUGAUCAAAAAUCGCUCUUGUCUGAGGAGGAUCCAGAGGGUUUGGACGAGGAGUUCGGUCUUCCUCGUCAAACAACUGAUCUUUGA